AUGCUGAAUACUAUAUGCUCUCCUCUGCCCCCAGUGAGACGUCAGAACAUGAAGGUGAGGAUCAACGCUACAGGCGACACCAUUGUGAUGAAGUUUGUACGUCCCAACGCUGACACCAAGCUGGAGGGCUACAUCCUGGGCUACGGCAGCAGCAUGUUCUCUAAACAGUUCAUCCAACUCCCAGAGAACGGACUGCCCUACGAGACCGAGAUCGAUGCCGAGCCCAAGUACCUGAUUGCUGUCCAGCCCGUCCCAGUUAACAAUGUGAAGAAACAGUGCACAGGCAAGGUGAACCUGGAGAAGCCACUGCACCUGGUGAUUGGGUCCGUGACCCCCACCUCGGUGCUGCUGUCCUGGGGGACCUUCCUCAAGAUGCCCUACGAGGGGGACAUCAUGAACGACUGCCUGGAGGACGGGCACUACACAGUGCGUUACCGUGAGAGGAACCGGAAGUGGACUCAACAGACCUGCCCCUCCAGCGACAUGGUCAUCGAUAACCUGAAGCCCAACACGGCCUACGAGUUUGGUGUCCGACCCAACAACGAAGAACGCAGUGGAGUGUGGAGCAAGCCAGUUAUCCACAACACCAACAUGGAGAAGGCCAUGCAGAAACCCUUUCAGACCAAGGACCCCUCUGGCCUUGCCCGUGCUACGUCCUGCCGCCUGUACUCCUGCUAG